AUGGUUGGAGCUGGUGUCUUGAGCCUUCCAUCUGCCAUGGCAAGUCUCGGAUGGGGACCAGGAGUGGUGAUUCUGAUCUUAUCAUGGUUAAUAACUCUAAACACUCUAUGGCAGAUGGUUGAGAUGCAUGAAAUGGUGCCUGGAAAAAGGUUUGACACAUACCAUGAAUUAGGGCAAGAAGCAUUUGGAGAAAAGCUAAGACUUUGGAUUGUGGUGCCACAACAGUUGAUAUGUGAAGUUGGUGUGGACAUUGUUUAUAUGCUGCUACCAAAGAAAAUCCCUGCAAAUUCACAAUUCAAUAUAUCAGAAUGA